GUGGACAUCACACAUGCAAAACCGUGACGCACACUGAUCGCAGUAUAAUUUCAGUCGAAGCCAGCCAUCUACUCCAGAAUGGCAUCCGUUUUCGAGCCCAGAAGCUCUCAGAGCCGUCAGACAAUGGCUGCGCCCUCCGUGGCAGACAGCCUGCCCAGCAUCAACUUCGGCUUUGAAGACCUGCGCGACCGCAUGGCCAAGUUCACGGCGCGCUUUGACGAUUUCAUCGAGAAGGGUCGCAAGCGCGUCCUCGAGGAGAGGAACCAGUUUGCGGUAACUGUUGCGGAGCUACAAGAGGACCAACGGAUGAAGAAGAAGGACAUCGACAUCCUGCAGAUGAAGACGAACACGCAUCAGAACACGAUCUCGAAGGAGGAGGCCGAAGCGCGCGAGAUGCAGGCAUCCAUCGCCUCGCUCUCCUCGCAACGCGACAAGCAGCUCGCUCUCCGCGACACCCUCCAGCGGCAGAUCGCCGAGGCGCAGAAGGAAAUCGACGCGCGGCUCGCGGCGCAGCGCGCGCACCAGGCGCGGCAGGAGGCACAGGCGCGGUUUAACGUGCCGGAGCUGGACUUUUGGAUCACGAACCUGUGUCUCAAGAUCGAGGGCGCGGGCCAGGACGACAGGCUCAAGUUUGUGUUUUCGCACAUUGACGAGAAGGACUGGGAGCGCGAGGCCUGGUUCGAGCUGAGCAUGGCGGCGAGGGAUUAUGAUAUUAAACACUGCAGGCCCAGACUCGAAAAGGAGAAGAUCGAGAGGGUCUUGGAGAGGACGAACGAGACGAGGGAAUUGGCGGUGCUUCUGAAAGGGAUGAGGGAGCUGUUUGUAGACGCCUUUAAAAGCUGAGCAUCUGGGCAAGCGUAUCAGGAGCUUUGGCCCUUGCAUAUCGACGAGAAAUAGGACCUCUAGAUCUACGUGCUAAAUGAUCAAACUUGCGCUCUCUAUGGCUUUCAAAAGACGCUUUUUGAGUAUGCCGUGAGAAGAGGUGGACGGCCGUAGAGUCACAGCACGACACUAAGCAGACUCGAGUGCCAGAAAUACCAUUCAAAUUGCAAC